AUGGCUGUUCGACGAGCAAGUAGAGGAAACACAAAGGCGAGGAAUAUGCCUUGUAACACUUCAUUGUUUUCUGCGAUUGCAAGGCGCUAUUUAAAGUGGCCAAAGUCAAACACAGCGGACUACGCUAGAGGAAGUGAUUGUCAUGGGAACAUAGCGUGUGGUAGCGUUUCCCGUGAGGAAAUCGGACGAGGCUUGUGCUAA